AUAUAGCUGUAUAGAGUACACCAUGUAUACCGCGUUAUAUCGAAGGAAACCAGGACAGUCGUCCGUCGCAAGUAACAUUCUCCUAAACCCCACAAGCAAUGCAAGAGUUGAUCUUGCUAAUACUAAUAGGAAGGAAACUUCUACAAGCGAAAAAGGAACUAAGUUGGAUAAUGUCUCUGGGAAGCCUGCCGUGGAAACGACUGAAGAUGCGGUCAAAACUCGACCAACCAUUACCAGAAGGAAAACUGAGUUGAAGUCACGGCGUCAAGACGGCCGACAUGCAGGGAGACCUGGAACGAGUCAUCGACACAGAGACCACCCAAAGCAUCACGGGAAGAAAUCAGAUACAGAUGAGGUCAUCCGUGGUAAUGUGACAGUAGAAUGUCCGUCUACAGCCAAAAUUGUCCGGAUCUUCACAAGCAGCACAUUCACAGACACAUGGCACGAGAGGAACGCCCUGAUGGAGAGGGCGUACCCCGCCCUGAAGGAGGUGUGUCAGCAGCAGGGGUACGAGUUCCAGGUGGUGGACAUGAGAUGGGGCAUCAGAGAUGAGGCCACGGACGACCACAUGGGGACAGAACUCUGUCUGAGGGAAAUUGAUCUCUGCAAGAAGUUGUCAACCGGACCUAGUUUUGUAACAUUUCUAAGUCACAAAUAUGGUUACCGUGACUUCCCAAAUAAAGUUGAGGCAACUGAAUUUGAUACACUGAUUGCUGCAAUGGAAGGGGAAGAAGCACUGGGGCUCCUAAAAACCUGGUUCAAGAGAGAUGACAAUGCCGUACCCCCGACCUACUUUCUUCAACCAAUCAGCUCCAUUCUACCAGACUUUCGAGAUGAGAAUGAAGAAAAACAGAAGUCCGCGAAAGCAGCUUGGUACGAUCAGAAUACAAUCAUGCAGAAAGCCCUUGUGAAAGCAGCCAAUGAGAAACUUGAUACAAAGACAGCUCACCGUUACGUCAUGUCCGUGACCGAGGCUGAAAUCACACGAGGAAUAGUGGAGUCUGAAGAUAGGUCGUCCAGCUGUUUGUGGUUUCACCGAACCAUUGAUGCCAUUGACAAACAGGAACCAAGUUACAACCUGAGCAGAUACAAGGAAUGCACUGGACCUGAGGAUAGACUCCAGGAAUCUUACGAUCUCUUGGUAGAUCUGCGAGACAGAAGACUCCCCAGUCUGUUGCGUUCUGAAAACCACAAAACAUAUAACAUCGAAUGGACAGCCAAUGGAGUCGACCCCACAAAGAGUAAAAGACACGAGGCCUAUAUCCAACAGCUGUGUCAGGACUUCGCGGAGGAGAUUUCACAGAAGGUGAUGCAGGCAAUUGAGGACAGGAAGAGAACCGACCUGGCCAAACCUUUGUAUGCAGAGAUUGUGGAACACACAGUCUUCUGUCAGUCUAAAUGCAAAGCCUUCCAUGGACGACAGGAGACGCUAGACCUCGUAACGAAAUACCUCCAAGGAACGUCCAGAACUCCUUUCAUUGUACACGGACCCUCAGGGUGUGGGAAGACAUCUAUCGUUGCCAUGGCAGCUACUUUAGCACAACAAAGCUUUAGCAGCAAGACUGGGGUGGUUAUAAGGUUCAUUGGAACUACUCCGGACAGUUCAACCAUUGGUGCCUUGUUGUCCAGUGUGACGUCACAGAUUUGCAGGAUUUAUGGAGAAGAGAUAGAAGAUGAACUUCCUGCUGAUACAAAGGAACUGACCAAAAUAUUCCACGAGACUCUGAAUUUGGCCACCAGUGAUGAGCCUUUGGUCCUCCUGCUGGACUCACUUGAUCAGUUUGACCCAUCAGGGGGCGCUCGCCAACUCUUCUGGCUACCGAAACAACUCCCCAACAAUGUGAAGAUGAUCUUGUCAACGUUACCAGAACCUCAGUAUGAGAGCUUUCCUCGAUUACAGGAAAUGUAUUCUGAAAGGGACAAUUUCCUUAAAGUGCCAAAGCUCGCAGACAAAGACGUUGAGGGCAUUCUUACCAAAUGGCUGGAUGUGGGUCGUCGUGAUCUGACGGAACAACAGAGACAAACAGUCCUUGGGGCUUUCCAGAAGUGUCCACUUCCUUUGUUCCUGAAACUGUCAUUUGAUGAGGCAUGUCGAUGGUCAUCCUUUGCACCCCAGUCAGAGACAACUCUCCAAACAUCCAUUCGUGGAAGUAUCAACGCCCUGUUUUCAAGGGUUGAAGCACUUCAUGGAAAAAUCUUUGUGUCAAGAGCUUUAGCAUAUCUAACGUUGAGUAAAACGGGUUUGACGGAGAGUGAGCUGGAGGACAUCCUGUCAUGUGACGAUGAUGUCCUCAAUGACGUGUACAUGUAUUGGACUCCACCUGUCAGGCGACUUCCGCCUCUACUCCUGGUCAGGCUGAAGGCAGACCUUGGUCAGUAUUUGGUGGACAGAGGAGCUGAUGGAGUGAGGGUCUUCUUCUGGUAUCACAGACAGUUCAUUGAGGCUGCUACAGACAAAUAUUGCUCUGAUCCUCAAUUCAACCAACAAAUGCAUGGAACUCUGGCUGAUUUUUUUGCUGGAACCUGGGCAAACGGUAAAGCUAAACCAUACGUAGACAAGAAGGGUAACAAAGAAACUGCUGACCGUAAGCCAGCAUCACAGCCAGACAAAUUCAAGACAGGUUAUAACUUGAGAAAACUGAACAACCUUCCUUACCAGCGGACAGAGGCCAAGCAGUUGGGUCUCCUGAAGGAGGAGUGUUUGAUGAACUUUGCUUUCCUUCUGUCAAAACUACAUGCAUCAGGUUUAAGGCCUAUCCUAGAGGACUUUAUCGCUGCCAGAAAUGUGUACCCAGAUGACCAAGAACUAAAGAUUGUUGGAGAGAGUCUUCAGUUGUCCCAAGAUGCUCUGGUAUCCUAUCCCAACGAGCUUCCAUCUCAGCUGCUGGGAAGGAUCAAAGUAUGGGAUGGCCUGGAGAAUCUCCGAGAUGGUUGUAAGACGGCACCAGGGUACUUCCUUCAGCCUGACAGAUCAGUCCUAACCGAACCCGGUGGACAGCUGGUGAACUGUCUUGCCGGACACAAAAAAGACGUGUAUGGAAUUGAUAUGACCAAUGACUCCAAUUUUGUUGUAACAUGUGCUUAUGACAGGUCUGUGAAAGUCUGGGAUGUUGGCAGUGGAAAAUUGGUUCGGUCAAUGGAUGAUGUUGGGGAAGAUCCGGAGAAAGUUGUACUAUGCUGCGAUGACUCUGUAAUAAUUGUUCAUCCAGAUGAACACAUACUUGGUUAUGAUUUCAAAACCGGCACCCCACUGUACAAUAUACACUUAGAAGAUGGAAACCGUCUGUUUUGUGUUGGAGGAAAGAGCAACAGCAUCCUUGGAACCUUCCAUGAAAAGUCAGUGUCACUUUAUGCAGCUGACACAGGCACUCUACAAAAGACGGUUGUGUGUACUCUCCUUGGAAGAAAACAGGAAUUUGGUUUCAGUUCCCAAUGUGCUGGGAGUCUGCGAUACAUGGCAGUAGCUGAUGAUGACCAGCACUCGAUAUUCGUUCUUGAUCUCGAAACGUCACAAUUCAUUCAAAAGAAAAAGAUCUUCGAGAAGUUCAAAGAUAAAGAUGGUGAUGAAGACCAGUACACAAUUGACGCUCUUGCCCUUUCCCUCAGCGGUCACCGACUCUACCUGUCCGAGAUGUAUAAAAACGACCUUCAGGUAUACAACACAAGAACAUUGGAGCAGGAAUGUGUCUACCCAGGUAAUGAAAAAGACUCCUCUGAGAAGUUCAAGAUUACUAGAGAUGGGAAAACCCUGUACUUCCCCAGCAAUCACCAUGUUGUUUUAUGGAACUUAGAAACUGGAUCUAGAUCAACAGUUAUUGAACAAGGACAAGGCAUUACUGAUGUGGUGAUGAAGGACCUAACAACAGCUGUGUCCUUCAGCGAUGACAGAGUGGUUAGAAUCUGGGAUUUGACGAGGGAGGCAAAGUCUCACAGUGACGAUCAAGAAAACGAGGAACACUCAGAGUGCCUUGAGAGUAAUGAUGAAACCGAUGCUGUGAAAGAGCACUCCGAAACCAAGAAGGACGGAAAGAAACAAAACCCCAUUAAAAUCAUGAAGCUGAUGACUCUGGCAAACCCUCGAUAUGUGUUGUUGAAAGCCAGUGGAUCCAGGAAGAAAUACCUUCAGGUUUACGAUCUGCCACUGAAGAAGGUAGUCCGGCAUAUCAAAGUGGACUUGUCGCUGUCAACAGUUAUCCCCCUUGACGACAGCAUGCAAGUCCUAGUACGAGUUAAAAGAAAAUUGAAGGUUAUCGACCUAUCAUCUGGAACGAUCCUAAGGACGUUUGAAGGGAAACUGUCAGAAAAUAGUUCAGACUUCAUUCUAGUUGCUGACCAGAAAGAAGUGGCAUGUCCAACAAGAGGACGCAAGGGAAUCAAGUUAUAUGAUCUUGCAACUGGAGAGACGUUGGCCAUUAUGGAGUCAAACAAUACAAAGAGAUUUGAUGAAAUAAAGGCUGGUGAGAAAGGCACUGUCCUGUUGGCGGCUACAGAUGAUGGCCCUUGCUACGUGUUUGACGUUCUCAAACGGACAUGUUUGUAUGAGAUCAGUCCACAGCAAAUGAACAGCGAUUACAUCUACAUUAACGAUGCUGCAGUCACCGAUGACGACGCCUAUUUGGUAUGGCAGUCGAACACACAUCCCCAACAGGAACCUGAAGGUCGGAAAGACUAUAUAGCCCUGUGCUGGGACUUACAUAACAACAACCUCCACAAGGAAUUCUUUGAUUAUGAAUUCUACCAUAAAUAUGAAAAGGAUGAUGGCAACGAGGAUCUCGGGGUAGAUGUUUUAACACUGCUAGACAACAGGACCCUGGUCUGUAACCAUAACGAUGCGUUCAUUAGAGUGUACGAUCUGAACACAGGAGAGAUGAAAAGGAGAAUUGAAGGACAUCCCAGUGCUGAGCUUUCAUUUGUCAAGGCUGGGCCUUACUUUAUGUCACAUGGAACCUACAGUGAAGACAAUGUGAUCAAGAUGAUUGACAGGACAACAUUUGAGACCAUAGCCACCUUUUCACCGGAUUAUGACACACGAGAUUUAUCGCUCACCAAAGAUGGCUACCAUGUGGUAUGUUACUUCCGAGAGUUCAGGAAGCCAGUGGUGUGGAGUCUGGCAGGAGGAUCUGCAGAUGACCCAAACAGGGAAGCAUUCAAGCCUUUGUCCAGUUUCCCUGACAUCUAUGGACCUGACACGGUUCAACUAAAACUACAACUGGCAAUGGACACGGAUGAAGCUGAUGAUCCGGAUGACCUUGAUAAAGACAUCGAUGAGGUGGACAGUGACGCCAGUGAUGAUGAUGAUGAGUCUCAAAACAAGAAGGAUCUCGACGCGAUUUCUUCACUUUCCGGUUUGUCAGAUUUGGACCUGAAAUCGGGUUUGUCAGAUUUGGACCUGAACUACGAUUUCUCAGAUUUGGACUUGGAUGAUCUGGGGGAUGAAACAGAAAAGUCAGAGAGAAAGGCGCCCGCCUGAAUAGCUGAUUCAAAUUUCGGGAAAACCCUCCUAAUUCGUAACAGUAAAAAUGACAAUACUUAAAUAUAAACUACAACGUUCAUGUUAUAUAUUGAGCGUGUGUCACUUGGAGGAGGGGGGUGGGAGAGUUGGUGGAGACUUCAUAACUUGUUCUCAGUACAUGAAGAGAGUACUGAUCGGGUUUAAUGAAACAGUCGUUUUAAUGUCUGACCUAAGAGGAUGUGGAAACCCUCUGUUGAACCUGUCGUAUAUAGACAAGGUGGAAGUAACUGCCAACGGACAUCAGAUAU